ACUCUCUCUCUCUCUCUCUCUCUCUCUCUCUCGGCAAAGUAGGAUACUCUCGCAUCGAUCCAAUCACAUCUCCGGAUCCAGUCUCCGUUUAUUUAUUUAUUAUAUAUUAUUUAUCUAGUUAUUUAUAUUUUAUCUGCCUUUUCCCCGACCGUAGAUCGCUCCGAGUUCCUCUCAAGCUUCGUCGUGUACCCCACCCGCCCCCGCCCCCUCGCUUGAAACCCUAGAAUUUCGUCCCCUCCUCCGCACCAUUCGCGCACCUCUUAACCCCUCUCCACCUCCCGAUCCUCGCUUUCUACCUAUGAAGAAAUCGAAAUCGGCCAAGUCCCAGCCGCAGCUGCAGAACGGCCACGCUCUCCCCUCCAAAUUCGCCAAGUUGCUCGAUCCCGAUGCUACGUGGGACAAGGAUCAAUUGGGGGACGUACUGCAUUGGAUCCGGCAAGUGCUAGGUCUCGUUUGUGGAUUGGUGUGGGGUGCGGUGCCUCUCGUUGGCGCAAUUUGGAUUGUCGUAUUUCUGGUGCUCUCUUCUGGAAUUAUUUAUGGGUACUACACAUAUAUACUGAAGAUAGACGAGGAAGAAUUCGGGGGUCACACAAAUCUGCUUCAAGAGGGGCUCUUUGCUUCAUUCUCCCUUUUUCUGCUUUCAUGGAUCCUAGUAUACAGCUUAGCUCACUUCUGAGUCACUGCAAGAUGCGGCUCUCCGUAUCGUUUGCAGAAUAGCUUUUUCCCAAAACGGGUGUAAACUGCUUCUUUCGACGAGGCCUGUAGCUUAGACCUGUGUAGAAUGAGGAAAAUCAACUUAGAGAUGCAAGUACUGUUAAUCAGUUAAGUUUUACUCUCUUGAUACCCUGCAGAUGUGGGUGAGAGAUUGGCCACCACCUGGAUAUAUGAUUUUUCACUCGAGGUAAAUAAAAAGAUAUUUAUCUGAUGAAGAGAUUCGUAAGUAGCCUCCAAUUAUUUUGUCUUGUGUUUCAUGUAUUCUCUAGCGAAAUGCUAGUUUUCAUAUUCGUUACAAUAAGCACUCGAAAUAGCUGUUUAAAGAUAAUAAUAACAGAUACGACCUGUUUGUGUG